AAUCCAACUACACUCGAAACCAUCCAUUCACCUUUAACCUCACGUCAACAGCAGAACGAGUCGCCCAUCAACUUACACAACUCAACAUGCCUUUUUCAUCAGCUUAAUGUCACCAUAGUGAUCGCAUCAAAGCCCCCGUUCGUUUCGUCCAACUCAUGUGUCUUUUUAUCGCGCCGCGCCGCGCUAUUUUGUCGCACGCGACGCUGUCGCUUAUUCAACUCCUAUCAAGAUGCCAGACAUCGACCCCGCGGCUUUGAGCCGUCCAUCCGUCAGCCUCUCGACGCCGAUUUUAUCCAACAAGACACUUGCUGGGUCUAUCUCUGGUGCGCCAAAGAUAGCAAAGUCAAGCCAGAUCAUACCCGCCCGAAUUGACCUCGAACCGCUAUAUACUGCGCUCAAGGCUGCCAUUGGCAACGAGAAAUGGGCAAUAUAUAAAGAAUCAACGACCGAGUUCCUGAUAGGACGCUUAAAUCAGACCGAAUAUUCUGAACGAAUAGACCCUAUCCUCGCAGGCCCAGGGGACAAGGAACACCUACACAAUAACCUCAUUGCCGCCAUAUAUGGAAAUGUUACUCGAGAGAUGCCCGAUCAAGGGCUGGCCCCCUGGGUCAGCGCCAACGAUAAGCCUGCGGCGACGACAGGGACUAAGCCAGUAUCCGGAGAUGCUACGGAACGGAGGUUGAAGGGAGAUGUCAUGCAACUGCCAACCCGAGACCGCAGGCGCAUCAAAGAUCUGGUACAGAACGAUUGGGAUCCUCACGAGAGCAUAUCCAACAUCUUUGCCGACACACGUCGCAAACUUUCCACAGUAACAGAUGCCACCCCGACGGUAGCAGGCAUCAACAACAUGAAUUUCGAUUUAGAAAUUCGAAAACGUCAUGCUCAACCUUUGGCGGUUGAAUCAGGCGAGUUUCCUGACAUCAAUAUGAUCUCCGGCCGAAUGCUACCCUCUUGCUACGAGGCAGGACUGGUCAAUGGGCACACAGCGGAUGCUCCUCAAUUUCUGUCGGUAGCUGUGGAAACUUUCAUCAAGGAGGUCCUUACACAGGUCUUCAGCCGCACGCGGAGUAAUGGACCUGGUGAAUCAGGUAGUGCUGGGUUUGGCGUUGGGACGACAUGGAUUCAAACGCACAAGUACAGGCGACAGCUGGAAUACGAAGAAGAAGCUGCGAUACGAGGCGAAAUCUCCAGAGACAAGAGCGGGCUUUUGCCAAUCGAAUCCAGGGCUGCGAGCGAAAGAGGCCCCUUGGGGAUGUCCGAUCUUCGCUUGUCCUUGGAGAUGGCGGAUACAGGCAUGGCCCAGUUUCCUGUGUUAAUGACACAGGUUAUAUAUGGAUAUCGGGAAGGGGAGCUGGAGAAUUGGGAUGACUAUACCUGGGUGUGUGAUCAGCCACCUGAAGCCUACGCAGACGAGAAACACGAUUCAGAGGCAAAUGGAGGACAAGUCUUUGAGCUUGCGAAUGGUUACGCUGACGCCAUGGAUGUAGACACGGAAGCAUGGUGGGAAGGUGCGGAAAGUCAGGAUGCUGAUAUGCUGGAUGGCAUAUUGGACUCAUGCCUUGCGGCAGGGUCCUGAGACUUGUCUAACGGGGUUGAAAAUCUCGACUUAACGGACAACGCCAAACGUUACACACAUGUUGAGUCCAGCUCAUAUGCAUGCAACAAGGUGGACAGCAUCGAUACCAGAAGCAAAAGGGACCCAACUUAUCCAGCCGGUUUCGCAUAUAUAUAUAAGCGAAGCGUCAUCGUAUGGCUGCGAAAAGCGCAGACUGGCGUAAACGUUACAACUAAGAGGGAAAGGAGUAUGCUAUCAAGAAAGUACGGGUAAGGCAACAAGGCAUGCAAGGAGCUGGCGUUUGACAAAGAGAGUCGUGAUUUAGUACAACAGGUCGGAAUCAAGGUUCAGACGACUACAUAUAAUCGGACGGCUUUAUCUUUGGCGCAGGGGUUUUUGGCUGAUAUCAUUUUUGCUUCUUCAAUUGGGUUUACGGUCGUGGGACACUCAUUUUCAUGGUGUUCAUGUUGUGUGUAUUUCUAUCGCUCUGUAGGGUUGAAAGUCACCCCUAUACAGCAUGCUACCAAGAGGCAAUGGAAACUUGCUGCGGACUGGAGUAAUGGGGACGUAGGGGAGGCGGUGGGAUUUUGUACUUUUAUCAUUACAGGAACGAUACCCGGGUAGCUCGAUGAGUGUAGAGAAGAAACCGCUUAGUGCCUACCAAUGAUGAUUUAAAAACCGCUGGUUUUGUCGUGCUAGGUUAGGACAGUACGGUAGCUGGAGGUCUCUUUUGGUUGGCCAAAAGGAAUUGAAAUCGAAUG